AAACCAUUUGAAACCUAGAGACUGUUUCUCCUUUGCUUGGAAGGAACCACCAGAAAUAGUUGUAGGUGCUAAUUGCCCAUUAUUCUCACUAAUGUGAAAUUGUUAAUUGGGAUCUUUGAACAUUUUACUUGCUUGAAUCCUAACUGGGGGAGCUCAAGAUGGAAGGACCGUUCAGUGGCUCGCUUCCCGUUGUGCCGUUCGGGGUCUCUUCCAACGCCUGAAUGGUUCUUCCUCGAGUCGCUUACGCCAAGAAGAGGGGUCCAGGCUGCGAAGUCUUCCAACAUCUCACAUUACAAAGAUGGCACUGCUGAAAGUCAAAUUCAAUCAGAAGAAACGGGUAAAACUAGCGCAGGGACUAUGGCUCAUGAACUGGUUUUCAGUGUUUGCUGGAAUCAUUGUUUUUAGCAUGGGAUUGUUCCUCAAAAUUGAACUCCGGAAGCGAAGCGAAGUGAUGGACAAUUCUGAAAGCCACUUUGUGCCCAAUUCUUUGAUAUUGAUGGGUAUAUUAUCCUGCGCCUUCAAUGGGUUUGCUGGCAAAAUUUGUUAUGAUUCUCUGGAUCCCGCUAAAUUUGCCAAGUGGAAGCCUUUGCUGAAACCUUACCUGGCACUAUGUCUCCUCUUUAACAUACUCAUUUUCUUUGUUGCUCUGAUUUGUUUUCUCAUGCGGGGCUCUCUGGACAGCACGCUGGCCCAGGGGCUCAAGAAUGGCAUGAAGUUCUACAGGGACACAGACACCCCCGGAAGAUGCUUCAUGAAGAAGACCAUCGACAUGCUCCAAAUUGAGUUCAAAUGCUGUGGCAACAACGGCUUCAAAGAUUGGUUCGAAAUUCAGUGGAUCAGCAACAGAUACCUGGACUUCAGCUCCAAAGAAGUGAAAGAUCGGAUCAAAAGCAACGUGGACGGAAGGUACUUGGUGGACGGCGUCCCUUUCAGCUGCUGCAACCCCAGCUCCCCGAGACCCUGCAUCCAGUACCAGGUCACCAACAACUCAGCCCACUACAGCUACGACUACCAAACGGAGGAGCUCAACCUCUGGCGCCGUGGCUGCCGGGAAGCCCUCCUGCACUACUACAGCAGCAUGAUGAGCUCCAUGGGUGCCAUCGUCCUCCUCGUCUGGCUUUUUGAGAUGUCCGUGAUGGUUGGCUUGCGUCUUCUGCACACCUCUCUGGAAAGCAUUGCAAAUCCCGAAGACCCUGAAUGUGAAAGCGAAGGGUGGGUCCUGGAGAACAACCUGAAGGACACUUUGAAGUCCGCGCUGGAGAGUUUGAAAAAGAUUGGUAAGUUCAAUCAGGUGGAAGCAGACGCCGAAGGGGCUGAAGGAGAGGAAGGUGGGAAGACGCCAGCCAUCACAACGGUCAGUUGAGCUUCUAACUGAUGUGGACUUUUUAUCAGAGAGAAAUAAAAAAACCUGAGAGUUGUGAAUACCUACAUUUUAAAAGCUAUGUAUCAACCAUCAGAAUACACAUUUCUACGCGUGCUUUUUUUUUUGUACAUGGGAGCAUACAACAUAGUGCACCAUGGGAUAAUACACUUAUCCACAAUGUGAGUACACCCUAUUCAUAUCUUCUUGGGGAAAUGACCCCACUAGGACUUACAAUAUUCACAUGUUCCCUUAUCAAGGACAGUUAGUUUAAAAAAAAAAAAAAAAACCUAAAAAAAGAAUUCCUGGCAUCACACGGUGAUCCAUUCCAUCUUAUUUUGAAAUUAAAAGUGGAAUUUGAAAAAUUAAUAUUUUUGGUCAAGUUGUGUUAUCAUAUUUUAUGUAUUUCAACUUUUAAAGACAAACAGAUUGGUUUUCUGGGGAGUAACAUGUUAGAAGUCAAAGAAAGCAGGAUUUCCAGAAUUGUAUAUAACUUAGUAUACAGGUAUUUUGACAAACCUCUCAUAUAAUGUGAUUUUUGUUAAUGUGCUAAGCAAUGGUAUUUUCUGCUGUAUUCUUAAGAUGUACAUAGAACAAAAUGCAAACUUAUGCUGAGAAUUUAUGUACUAAGCAAAAAUUGUGAUUUAAUGAAACAGCACAAGUAUCGUGAAAACAACAUUAAGGUAAGAUUUAUGGGUUUUGUUUCUCAGGGUUUUUUUCAGCCUGUAUAUCUUGAAUGAGUGUGUUGUAGACUUAUGUUUCACCUUGUAUUUAAACAAGCAGAAGCUUAGAAGAUUCCUCUUGUAGUGAGUGGAAUCAAUGCUCUGAGCAUGUGCCAGUUAUGGUUAUUCUGGACAUUUUAAAAAGUAUGUAAUCUCAUAGCUUGCUCCAGAAUAUUCAAGCCCAACUAUUUUUAAAGCAAGAAAAAACCAACCCAAAACAAAAAGGCUACUUAGAACUAACAUUUUAAAUGUUUUCCAGGGUUCUAGCAAAUGGAUACCAUUCAGCUGCAAGUAUGUCAAGCCUCAAAACUUUGAGGCCAAGGAAAAGUAAGUUUAAAUCAGUCCCCAGUGUGCAAAUUUUACAAGUUUUAUUCUUCUUCAUCAGUGAUAGGGUACCCUUCAUUAUAUCUUUUAAGUCAAAGGGAAGGCACAUUUUGCAUAUCCCGCUGCAUCUCUCCAAACAUACUGUCAUAGCUGGAGGACACUGUUCUCAUAUACAAAGUUGGAAUAAGACAUGGAAAGAGUUUGCUGUGGUGCGUGGCCUCUAGUGAGGAAACAGAGCAUCAUCUUGAGUUUAUCUGCAGCUGCCAGAUAAUUCAGCUAAAGGGAAAGAAACCUGAGAGAGCAAGCCCCAACCUUUUGCACAAACGAUUGCAGACAUCUCAGUCCCUCAGCUACAAGCCAGGCACCACACUUAUUUUUACCCUGGCUGUGCAAAACCUCUACUUCUCUGUGGUGUACCUGGGAGAGUUUUCUCAGCAGGUCCCUUCCACCUGGCUGGUGGCUGGCCUUCAAACAAAGCCAUGUUUGCAGCUGCCUAAUCACUGCACAGCCCAUUAGUGUUCAUUCUUAAUCACUUGUGCACUUGCCCCAGCAGCACUCAGCUCCUCUGGCUUUUGUUCAAACUCCUUCUAGGAUGGACAGACCAGUUCACAGCAGGACAGGUAGGGACAUGUCCGUAUAUCAAACCGUAGCCUGCAUCUCGGUGGCCACGCUCUUUCAGGCCAUCUGCAUGCAAGGUUUGAUUUUGAAAGGUAUUUGUGGCAUCCUUUCACUUUUACAAAGCUGGUCAAAGCUUUUAAGUUUAGUUACAAUAAUGAAUUAAAAAGUCAACUUUGUUCUUUUGUGCAUAAGACUGACUAGAACAAGGGCACUAACAUAAAAGCCAACUUGCUACUCACCACAGCCUAUCAUCUAUUGCUUUGCUGAGGGACGCUCUGCAUGGCAGAACUGUACAAAAACCAAACCAACUCCUUCCUUCUCAGUAAGACAUCACUACGACUGGCUGCUCCUCUCAGCUCGUCCAUUAGAGGAGAAUAGGAUUGUGGAUGGUGCAUGAUGUGGCCACAUAUAUCAGAGAAGAGCUUUUCGGAGGAGUCACAUAUGGAUAGGAGCUGCAUUACAAGGAUUAAUUACAGUUUUUCCUUGUGACGCUUCAGUGUGCUGUGAUCUAUACCAGUUACUUGACUAGACAUCUGAUUUUUCAAAGAGAUCUAGAUUUAUUGCUGCCCUAGAAAACUGGUUUAGGCCAUUGAUUUAGACAAGACUCUCCAAUUAUUUAUGGUGUCUAUUUUUUUUUUUCAGUCUAUUGCUAGAGUAACAUAACAAAUUGUCAAAUUAUUCUUUCAAUGCCACACUGGAGAAGCCAGUUCCCAGAGCAAGGGUCUCAUGGUAUCAGGCAGGUAGAGAGACCAUCUGAGACAGAUUUAUGAAGAACAGUACUGGAAUCAGGGUUUUGUACAAAUAAGAAUAGUGUAUAUGCUAAUCAUAGAAUGGGUUGGGUUGGGAGGGACCUUAAAGAUCAUCUAUUUCCAACCCCCCUGCCAUGGGCAGGGACACCUGCCACUAGACCACGUUGCUCGAAGCCCCAUCCGACCUGGCCUUGAACACUUCCAGGGAGGGGGCAUCCACAGCCUCUCUGGGCAACCUAUCCCAGUGUCUCCCCACUCUCACAGUAAAGAAUGCUGUCUAAAAUAAAGCCUCCUGGUUAAUGAAGAUCUUUGUAACAUCAUAUGAUUACUACAAGAUUGUAAUAUGACUGCUUUGUAAAAUAUUACAUGUAAUAUAUCAUUCAUCCAAUCUUACAUAUACUUUCUUGUGACAUCGCAAAUGCUGUUCUAGAUAAAGAUAUCUCUGCUGCCUGCAAAUGUAAAUUUAGGUAUUAAAAAUUAUAUUGCAAGUAAAGACCUCUUAAAAGAAAAUGUUUAAAUAUAUACAAUUUAAUACAGAUUUCUUUAAUUUGGA